UUUCUAUGAGUUACGGUAAUAGGCGUCACGCUAUUGGAAAGGCCAUUGUGUUGUUCCUUUUUGGAAGCUAACUCACCGACUGUGCUGCGGUUUUUUCCAACGUAAUUCUCGGCGGGAGCAAAGUAUAAAAUGUCUACAGACAUGCCACCGGGCAGCCUGAAUCUGGAGUCCCAGCUUUUGUCCAUAAUGGACGUUCUGGUGAAAGCGGCGGUGACGGAAAUCAGUCAGCUGUUCUCGGAGAGCUCGGCUUCUCUCCGCCUGCAUUUAACUCAGAGUCUGAAGGAAAACGAAGUGCUGAGGUUGAGGAUGAAGGUGAUGAGGAGUGAGCUCUUCUCGCUCAGGCUGCAGACCAGGACGAACCGCCAGGCCAGCCGCUUUUCGCCGAUGAGAGGGAAUAUCCCCAAACCACGAGCUAAAUCACAAGUUGUUUUUAAGCCACCAGUGUCUCAAAAGUCUGCUGUGGAAUCUGCUUCUAUUUCUCUACGACCAGAGAGCAAGACUUCCUGCUCUGCCACUCGAGUGGAAUGUGCAGAUGUGGAGACCCCAGACAUCAUCCUGAUCAAAGAUGAAGAUGAUGUUGGAGGAUGUGGAUCAGUUGUAGGUCAGGAUGAUGCUGCAAACCUAAGUGCGCAGGGUGGUGUUGAUACAGGGAGUGGGAAUAUAGAGUCGUCUUGCCUGACAGAUAAUGACAAGGAGCUGAGAAUUGUGAGCGUUCACGGACGAGGAGAAGGGCCUCUGCGGGAGAUGAGUGAUAGCCUCUUCACCGCCUCUGAACUCCAGGCUUUUGGCUCUCUGUCUCCUGACCACAAUGUAACCCAUGACAGCCUCCUGAACUUCACCGCUGGCGGCAAUGACAGAGCCCCAGGGCAAGAGAACAAUGUUGCGCUGGCAAGAAACGGUCAGCUGGAAAGAAAUCAUUCCCACAUGGCUUCAACAGCGCUGAAUCCUGCAAUAAAAACACCAGCAGUAGGAGCUGAUGGUCAUGCGGGACACACCAGUCAUGUCAGCCAGUUUCCCCAGCAGCAGAACGUCUUCCCUCACGCCGUCAACAAAGCCCUGGAUUGCAACUUCUGCGGCAAGCUCUUCCUCAGUCGUGAAGACUUGAUUGUACACCGGGCAACUCACACCGGGGAGACGCCCAUUCCUUGUUCGUUCUGCGGCAAGUCGUUCGUCAGCAAGACCACGCUGACAAUCCACAUGCGCAUUCACACAGGAGAGAAGCCGUACGCUUGUACGCAGUGUGGGAAGCGCUUCACACAGAACGGCAGCCUGAAGAUCCACCUGAGGACUCACUCUGGAGAGAAGCCCUACAGCUGCAGCCAGUGCACGGCCAGCUUCAACAACCCCAGCAACCUGCGCAGACACAUGAUCACACACAACGCUAACGGAGCGCUCUGACCAAGCAAAACUCCCUGCCAGUGAUUCUCGCGGUUGCCAUCUUGACUUUUCUGCUGCUGUUAACGCUUAUAAGCUGUAACGUUGUUAUUGGAGGAAACAGGGCAGGGAGGAGGGACAAGGGCUUUGCGGUAACUAUGGUACAGUUAUGGGUGAUAUGUUUAAAAAAAAGAAAAAAGAGGUCAUGAAAGGGAUUUUUUUUUAAUCAAAUGAAUUAAAUGCCUGCAAAUGAAGGUAUUCACAUUAAAGUUGACGUUGAUGCAACAAUCCUGUCUGUAAUAUUGCCACAGAGCAGUCUUGCUCAUUUAUUUUACUGCAUAUUCAGUUACUGUGUGGUUCAUGAAUCACUGUUGUGUCACAAUAUAUUUGUCAUCAUGCCAAAUACUACGCUUGGUACAAUAAAAACUGUUGCAAGAGUGUUGAUGUAAAGUGUUAUAAAGCUGUGCAGAAGUUUAUCAGUUUAACCCAUCACACAUUUGGCAGAAAUUCCCGGAUAUAUUGACUAUAAAGUUCACACUCGGAUCCGUCAGUCUAAACAUUAAAACUUGUUAGGAAUUAGAAAUGUUUGGCUUAUUGUACAGUGAGCCGGACACCCGGCAUGAGGAGAGGGACGUUUACCUGUCUCUCAUUUGUGUAUCUGCAUGUGUUUCACUUAAAAAGCAAACUACCUCCAAUGUUGUGUCUGUUGUCUGUCUAUUUUUGUCUUCUUUUUUGUACUUUCUGGUUAAUUUCAGAGUGAGCAAUAAUCAGUUCACUGUGGCUGUAAUCUUGAUGUAAAAUUAUGAUUAAAUAUUGUGAUGAUUUUUUUAA